AAUUCGUCUGUCAAUUCGGUUGAUUAAAAAUUACGUCAAGUUAUUGCCAAAAUUUUACAUAUUACAAAUUCAGCGCAAGCAUUGAGCUGUCGUACAAAAUUUCAAUAUCCAACACAUUCAUAACCAAAUAUGUCGCAGCACAGUAACCUGAGAGCUGCCACAGCCCUUACGGCUGGUACACGGGCGGGCACCCUGCAUCCAGAUCUGAAACCGUGGCAGCGCAUCGAUUUGCCGCUCUGCACCCAGUCGAACUUGUUUAAGGACUGGGGCUGUCGGCUGCGCAACAAGAAGGCGCUGGAAUAUUUUACACGCGCAUUGUCCGUCUGCAAAACUCAGAGGGAUAGCACCUGCUGUUUUGCCGGACCGGCGAUUGCGCCCGGGCAAAAGUGCAAAUCAGUUGAGGGACAGUUUUGCAGCUUAGCCUCCGAUGCGCUCGAUAAGCGUAGCCAUUGUCGGCGGUCAAUUGCCCAGCCGGAACUGGCGUGGGAGGAUGCGCAGAAGGCGCACGAGCUGUUGGAGCUACAGGGACGCUCGAACGUUAGCUAUUUAAUGAACAAAUGCGAUGCGCUUUUCGAGUGCAAUCGCUUUGAAGAUAAUCUGGUCCAACUGAACAUUGAAGCGCGUAACUAUCAAGGACAAUCCAUCAAGGAUCGCUUUCAGUUACGUGCAAAUCACACAAUUGACGUGCUCGAGGAUACCCUUGGCGACAGCCUACACCCCUUUCUGCUCGACAAUUGGCCGUUGAUAACGGAGGUGGCACGCGCUCGCCGGACAUCCGUUGCGUUUAUGCCGCGCCCCCUCUGGCAGAAUCUAAGCGAGAAAUUUGACUGCGACGUGGAGAGCGUUAUCGGCAUACAAAAGCCCCUGCUCUCACCGCUGGAGCGUGCACGUCGGCAGGUCUGCGAGAGAGUCUAUAACAAUCAGUAUCUGCACAAGAGCGCCAACGAUGUGGUCAUGCUGCGUCAACUGCAAAGCGACAAGAACUUCCUCAAUCCACUGUCGAACUACUCCACGCCCUACUUGUCCGAGCUGGCCUCCGAGCAGUAUGCGAUUGUCAAAAAGUUCAUGAAAAUGAUGCAUACCCGCAACCCACUGUACCACUGCAGGCAGGUGAAAUGUCGUGUUAGCAAAGUCUGUGAGAAGAACCGCGAGAAUUAUCUGUACCGUGUGGAGUAUCAGACACGUCGCGACUGCUUCCGUAUGCUGCGCGAGGUGCACCGCCGGCGCCAGGAACGGAAUAUCGAGCGUCUGACCGACUAUGUUGAGCAUAUUAUGUACACCAGCAUUGAGCUGAAGACACACCGAACGCUGCCCUGGAAGUGGGAGUUCGUUACCGAGGUGUACAACAUAUUGGCACUGGCCCAUAUCGAUCGGUGUGCGGUGCCGAAGAAUAUCGAUUUUCUGGAUCUCAAAAAUCACUCGAUGCUCUAUUUGCUGCCAGCGGAUCGCGUCAAGGAGCAGGCUAUCACAUUUGGAGGUCGCAAUGUAUACGGUGAAAUUGCCAGGGACGAUGAGCGACUUAAUCGUGUUGCCAAGAAAGUGAACCAUCUGAAGAAUCGCCUAAUCCACUCUCGCUAUGCGAUCGAGCGGACCUAUCUGCUUUUCGAGAUAGCGCGCUGUCACUUUAAAGAGUCGCGCUUUGACAAGACCCUGACCAUGGCGCAUAAAGCAUCGCACGAGGCACGCAUCUGCAACAGCGUUGCUUGGCGCUUCAAUAUCACCUUUCUGAUCUGUCAGGUGCAUGCGGUAUUCAAUCGUUUCGAGCGUCUCAACGAGUCGCUGGGCAAGGCCAAGCAAUUGGCCGCCAGGCUAAAGUCAACCAAGCUGCAGGCCUAUCUGGCGCUAUGCUAUGCGGUCAACGAUUAUGAGUUGGAUUAUCAGCGUAAGAAGCAAUCGGAGUACAAUAUGCCGAUAGGCCGAAGGCGCAAGGGACGCCCCUCGACGACAUCCUUUGACUCUUUAGAGCAACAAAUGGAUCAAUGA